AUGAGCCUACUCUAUGCGGCCAUCUACCAAUUCGCUUCAGAGGAUCAAGGCAAUGCCUCAGAGAGCAAGGUAUUAUUAGGAGAAGGGCCCCACUCGAGCCAACUGAGCUCGGUAGUUUCUAAGAAACUUCUUCCCUUGUGUUUGUAUUCCUCUGACGAUCAGAAACAAACCAUCUCUCAUGGACCCGUUCAAUUCAUGUAUGUGGUGAGUCGGAAAAUCAUUUAUGUCGUUGCUGCAGAGAAGUCGGUAAAGCAACGAGUGCUUUCUCAAUUCCUUCAAGUCUUUGAGGAAAAGUUUUCAUGCAUAUCGGAUCGGAGAUCUUCUUCCAAGAUUUCAAAAUUUAUCAUGGCCUGUCUCAAGCAAUACAAUGACGAUCCAUCAGGCAUGGACAAAAUUGCUCAAUUAGAAGACAAAAUGGAAACAAUCAAAGACUCCAUGAUGGAAAACAUUGAUAAAGUGUUGAAGAGGGGAGAACGGCUCGAAAAACUUCAAGGAGAUGCCGAUGAUUUGGAAGAUAUCUCAGCCGAAUUUAGAAAGGAUACAAGAAGCGUCAAACGAAGAACCAUUGCCAAUAGUUGUGUAUUGCUUUAA